GUAGCUUGGCGGCUUGGACUGGGGGGGCUGAGCGUAGGCAUCAAUAAGACCACUAAGGGGGAGUUUUCUACUUGUAAAACGCAUGAAAAGCCUCCCCAAAUUCCCGGUGACUUCAGAUUCAAGGAGGUGGUCAUAUCCAUCGGAGCACCAUUCAUACUCUAGAACUUUCACUUCUAGUAGGACUGCGGCUUCAGACAAAAUCCCAUUGCUGCCUGCGCGCGCUCUUAACAUGAACUCAAAUGGAUUAAAACGUAUCUGACAUAAACCUGUUUCUGUAAGUAACCUAUAGGUAAGCUUUACAUUUUCAAUUUUAGGAGAAUAUGCGAAAGCUGUGAAUUGGUUUAAGAUUUUGAAUACAUCCUGCGUAAUGCUUACCUGGACAUUAUGAAGAGACAUCAAAGCAUUUUGCAUGCUUCGGAAAAGAUACAGUGUUGUUGAAACUUUCUGUUCGCCUCCAUUCAACCACUCGAUAUUGCUUGUGGCUAUCGACACAACUGAAUCUUGAGUGACCAGCCUACACGUAGCAGCAAUUCAAUUUUUGACACAAAUAUGGACCGUUUAUGGAUUGCAGUUUUAGUGGUUCUAACCAUUGCACUAGUACGAAUGUGUGACUGCCAGAAGGACUCAACAGGUGGUAGACAGGAGAUGUGGGAGCAGCUCCGGGAGCUAGCGAGGAGCCAAGGUCACUCCGCAGUGGGAGCUAAGGACGCUGUCCCCGACACACCAUCCAGAGAAAGCUUGCUCAACCUCUCUCAUAAUGUCUCGCACUCCGGUCGCCGGGCUCCGAUGAGCUCAUCAUCUCAACGAGAUAACAGGUACGCGACGGCAAUUAAACCACUUCCAGCUCCCAGUACGGAAGCUUCCCUCAGGGCGGAUGAUGCCACGGUCCCACGAGAUGCUGCGCGUAGGGCCGCGACACAGCUCGGCACCCAUCACUCAUCACAGCAAAGACCCCGAAUCAGUUCCAGACAGAGCAACAAACCCAGCUCAACGCAUACCAGGCGCCUUGCAGGGCCUAAUGUAUGUGGAGGUCACCAGUGCUGCUCUGGAUGGGCUGUGGCUUCUGGCACCAACCGCUGCAUAAAGCCCGACUGCCAGCCCCCCUGCCAUAACCGCGGCUCCUGCAGUAGGCCCCACACAUGUGUGUGCCGCUCGGGGUUCCAGGGGGCCCGCUGCGAGGAGGCAGCACCAGAGCAGGUGUACAUCCACACCGGAGGGUCCCUGAGGCGCAUCCAGCCAGGCACUAACCCCUUCCAGAGAGAGCAGCCCAGGAGGAGACCUACAGAGAGGCAGGCCAUAGACAACCCCAGCCCCAGGGCCCAGACAAUCAGACCUGAUACCACCAGACAGCCUCUUCAACCUGUGACCCAGGUGAAGCGAGGACCAGCUGACUCAUCGUCUCCUCAGCAGACUGGGACGUCUCGCACCGUCAAGCGAUACCCAUCGUCCACUGGACCCAUCACAUCCAACGCUCUGCCUAAUGGGAACGGACAUGACAUUGGGAACGCCAAUGGACACUCAAGUAACAGCCACAGACCCACCACCAAUGGCCACGCCAACAAUGCAGUGGCGCCAGCAGGGGCCAACCUCACUUCCAGCCUUGACCGCAUCAAGAUUGUCUUCACCCCCAUGGUGUGUCGGAGGGUGUGCAGCGGCGGCCGCUGCUACAACAGCUGUGAGAAGGGUGACACCACCACCGUCUACAGUGAGAACCAGCAGCAGCAUCAGCCGGCAAAGACCCAGGGCUUCAGACUCUUCUUCUGUCAGAUCCCCUGUCUGAACGGCGGGCGCUGCAUUGGCAGGGACCAGUGCUGGUGCCCAACAAACUCCACGGGGAAGUUCUGCCACCUCCCAGCCCCCCCUCCUGCCCGACCCACCCUCAGCAGGAAGGACGGCAGCCUGGCCGGACACAACUCGUCCUCCCACUCCAUGUACACCCUGCCGCUGUCCAAUCAACAAGCCUCUCUACACCCAUCCAUGGUGAAUGUCCACAUCCAGCACCCCCACGAGGCUGAGGUGCAGAUCCACCAAGUUGCCCGGGUCAAGCCUGGCCAGAGACCCCCCGCGGCUGAGGGGGCUCACUCUGUACAGCAGCGCUCCCAACCUGGCAAUGGCAUCAGCAAUGGGCAUGGGCACACCAGACCACACAACCGGCAGAACGGAUACGUGGGGAGGUGCUUCCAAGAGACCGUUGAUGGACAGUGUGGGAAGCCUCUUCCGGGCCUGACCAAACAGGAUGACUGCUGUGGAAGUGUGGGUGCCUCAUGGGGCCUGAACAAGUGCACAGAGUGUCCAACCAAACCAGCGUAUGCAGUGAUUGCGAACGGACAAGUGGAAUGCCCUAAGGGUUACAAAAGGAUGAACAUGACUCAUUGUCAAGACAUCAACGAGUGUCUGAUGAAUGGGAUCUGUAAGAACGCUGAGUGUCUGAAUACCAGAGGAAGCUACAGAUGCACCUGUAAACCAGGCUACAUGCUGGACCCUGCCAGGAGCCACUGUGUCUCGGACAAGGCUGUGUCGGACCAGAGGGGGAUGUGUUACCGCUCAGCGUCAGCGGGGAUCUGCUCUCUGCCUCUCGCUCAGCACAUCACCAAACAGAUCUGCUGCUGUAGCCGUGUGGGCAAGGCCUGGGGCACGGCCUGCGAGAGGUGCCCUCUGCCAGACACAGACCAUUUCAAGGAGAUCUGUCCCGCUGGCCACGGCUACACAUACUCGCGCUCCGACGUGCAGAUCUCCCUGAGACAGCUGGAGGAAGAGGAGCUGAGGAGGACUGGCGUUUCCUGGGAGGCCCAAAACCCUAGCCACUCCCAACUGCCCCAGCAGCCAGCUCAGCCCCCGCAGCAGCUGCCUCACGUCCCACAGAUCCCACAGUACCCCUACCACCGCCAACCACAUCAACCACAGCAUACACAACACCCCCACCAACCACAACACCCACAGGAGAUACCCCACCACCCCCAGACCCCACAGUACCCUCAUCAAUCCCACAAACCCCACCAUCCACAGCACCCCCAAGAGCUCCCCCAGACUCCCCAGAUCCCCCAGUACCCUCACACCCCCCAACAACCACAACACCCUCUCCAUCCAGACCCAGACACCCAGAAUCCAGCUGAGGAGACCCCCAGCCAGCCUCAAGAUGUGGAAAUGUUGAACCCGCGUCCUGUUGCGACUGACUCCCCACUGAAGUACCCAGUAGAUGUGGUAGAAAAAGUGACUCCUGACUCUCCCAUCAACCUGGGGCCUGAAUCUGAGGGCAAGGACACAGCCUCCAUCAAUGUGGCCACUCAGGUCACAGAUAUUGACAAGUGCUCCAUCACUCCAACCAUAUGUGGCCAUGGGCUGUGCGUGCCAGUGCAGACAGGCUACACCUGCUACUGUGACCCCGGCUACAAGCUGAGCGCGCUCCAGACCAACUGCAUCGAUGUGAAUGAGUGUGAGGGGGACCCUUGUGGAGGGAAGGGCCGUUGUGUGAACACCUUUGGCUCCUACACCUGCCAAUGCUACAGCGGCUACAGCCAGGUCAUCACCCAGAACAGGAAGUUCUGCCAGGAUAUAAAUGAGUGUGACAUGGCCAACAAGUGCCAGGACGGUGACUGUGUCAACACGGAGGGAUCUUACACCUGUGAAUGCAAGAGUGGCUACGCCAAGUCCUGGAAAGGGCCGUGUGAAGAUGUAGAUGAGUGCCAGGGCCCCAGUCCGUGCCCCAGUGGAAGGUGUGUCAACACCCCAGGCUCCUUCCAGUGCCAGGCCUGUGGCCCCGGGUUCAGGGCUGCCAGCGGGAGAUGUCUGGAUGUCAACGAGUGUUUGGACCAAUCGGCGUGCGCCCACGGUAGGUGUGUCAACUCCGAGGGCUCCUACAGCUGCAGCUGUUCCCAAGGAUACCAGGCUUCUCUGGACAACAGCAGUUGCCAAGAUGUGGAUGAGUGUCUGCUCCCUGGAGCCUGCCUCCAUGGCAGGUGUGUCAAUCUGGAUGGCUCCCACAGGUGCAGCUGUAACCCUGGUUACCAAAGCGCUCCUGACGGCAGGGCCUGUGAAGAUGUUGACGAAUGUGCUACACCUGUGUGCCCCGCGGGAAUUUGCACCAAUUCCGAAGGUUCCUACUCAUGCAAGAACUGCCGACCUGGAUUCCAGCGAUCAGCGGAUGGACAGAGAUGUGAAGAUGUGGAUGAGUGCUCCAAGGCAGACGUGUGUCUGGGAGGGGUGUGUGCCAACACAGAGGGCUCUUUCACCUGCACACGCUGUAAAGACGGCUACAGGGUGUCCCAGAACAGGCAGAGGUGUGAGGAUAUUGAUGAGUGCCAGUCUGGGUCUGUGUGUGCUAAUGGGAUCUGUCUGAACUCUGAGGGCUCCUUCUCCUGCAUCACCUGUCCCUCAGGCUACAGCGUCUCCCUAGACGGAGAGCUGUGUGAAGAUAUUGAUGAGUGUGAGCUGCCCACUACGUGCCCCAGGGGAACAUGCACCAACACUGAGGGUUCCUUCACCUGCACCACCUGUGGGUCAGGCUAUAGAGUGACUGAGGAUGGGCUGGAGUGUGAUGAUGUGGACGAGUGCUUGGUGGCUAACGUGUGCCCAGGCCAGCUGUGUCGGAACAGUCCUGGAUCCUUCUCCUGCAGCAGCUGUGGGACUGGCUUUACCCUGUCUGAGGACGGCUCCCACUGCCAGGACAUAAAUGAGUGCCUGUCCCCAGGGGUCUGUCCCAUGGGCGUUUGCAGCAACACAGAGGGCUCCUACUCCUGUAUGACCUGUGACCUUGGCUUCACGCUGGCGCCCAAUGGGCUCACCUGUGAAGACAUCAACGAGUGUGAGGACCACGGUCUGUGUCUGGCAGGACAGUGUACCAACAACCCUGGUUCAUACAGCUGCUCCUGUCCAUCGGGCCUGGAGAUGGUGGACGGGACAUCUUGCAGAGAUGUGGAUGAGUGUCAGUCUGGGGGGAUCUGUGGAGAUGGGGACUGUCUAAACACAGAGGGUUCCUACCUCUGCAUCUGCCCUGAUGGAUACACCACAGGCACCACAGAUGGAAUUGGCUGCCAAGAUGUUGAUGAGUGCAGCAAGGAUGGCGUGUGCUCCCAUGGCCAGUGUCUAAACACGGGUGGCUCCUACAUCUGCCUUUGUGAGACUGGCUUCAAGUACUCUGUAGACACAGCCGACUGUGAGGAUCAGAAUGAGUGUAAGGAGUUUGGUAGCUCAGUGUGUGGCACCUGGCGCUGUGAGAACACCAUUGGCUCAUACCGAUGCUUCAUGGGCUGCCAGCCUGGCCUGUAUGGACAGGACAACCCAGACUGUGAUAUUGAUGAGUGUGUGAAUGAGACCAUCUGUGGGGACCAUGGCUUCUGUGAGAACACAGAUGGCUCCUACCGUUGUCAGUGUGACCAGGGCUACAGCAACCCCCCUGGUGAUGCCGGGACCCAUAGCUGUGUGGACGUGAACGAGUGUGAGAUGAGCACGGCGCUGUGUGGAGAGGCCCUGUGUGAGAAUGUGGAUGGCAGCUUCCUGUGCAUCUGCCCCAGCGACAAUGAGGAAUUUGAUCCCAUCACCAGCCAGUGCCGCCCGCAGGGUGAAGAUGCUCCUCCUAAGCCAGCCUCACCCACUGAGGAGCAGAGGAAGGAGUGUUACUACAACCUGAACGAUGCUAACUUCUGUGACAACGUGCUGUCUCGCAACACCACCAAGCAGGAGUGCUGCUGCACGGUGGGGGCCGGCUGGGGGGACGACUGUGAGAUCCACCCCUGCCCAGUCCCAGGGAGAGAGGAGUAUGACCAGUUGUGUCCACAUGGAAGUGGUCUUCUGCCCCAAGCUGUUUCCUCCCACAGCCUGGAACAGCAGAGGUUCAAAGAUGUGGACGAGUGUAAGAUGUUUGGGCCAGAUAUCUGUAAGAAUGGCCGUUGCUCUAACAACUUCUCCUCGUACUCCUGCUUCUGCCGUACAGGCUUCUACUACGACAACAUCCGGCUGGAGUGUGUGGAUUAUGACGAGUGCCUGACAGAGAAGGAGUGUGUGGAUGGGGUGUGUGUGAACACUGCCGGCUCUUUCGACUGCUUCUGCAGUCCCCCUCUGGUCCUGGACACCACCCGCCGUCGCUGCGUCAGCGUCAACACCACCGAGGAGACUCAUGAGCCUGAGGAGGACAUCCACCUGGACAUCUGCUGGCAGGGCCUGGUAGAUGAGCGUAUGUGUGCCCAGCCCCUCAUCGGCAGGAGGACCACCUACACAGAGUGCUGCUGUCUCUAUGGAGUGGCCUGGAGCGAACAGUGUGCCUUUUGCCCCAUGAGGGACUCUGAUGACUACGCAGCAGUGUGUAACCUGCCAAGGAGAGGGGGGUCUGACAGUCUACGAGAGAGGCCAGGCUACGAGUACGGUCCUGGGGUUGAGGGUCCUGAUAGGCCCUAUGUCCCCCCCUACUGGGACAACUAUGGAGGAGGGCCCAUUACUGGGCCUGGGGGUACCUACUACAACCCAGAGGACACCCAGGGCAUCCCCCUGUUCACGGACAACACCAACGACUAUGGCUCCCGAGAGGGAGACAUAGAGCCGCCACUACGUGUCCCUGUCCACCGGCCAAGAGAGUUCCAGCCUCGCCCUGUAGACUCAUAUAAUGACCGCUUUGAUGGCUUCGAGGGCCUGCGAGCAGAGGAGUGUGGCAUCCUGAACGGCUGUGAGAAUGGCCGGUGUGUCCGCGUGAGGGAAGGUUACACCUGUGACUGCUUUGAUGGAUACGAGCUUGACCUCACCAAAAUGGCCUGCAUCGACAUAAACGAGUGUGAGGAUAUCAGUGACAACGUGGCGCUGUGUAAGAACGGGGCCUGUACCAACACCGAGGGGUCGUACAAGUGCACCUGCCUGCCUGGCUUCCAGGCCUCUGCCAAGCCCCAUGAAUGCAUCCCAGAGGUCCCAGUAGCUGGCUUUAGAGAGAGAGUGGCAGGGAAAUGAGGGUGUGCAUGUUGGAGAUUUUUCUCUCCCCCCGCCCUCUCACAGGGCCUGGCACUAAACCUCCAUCAAAAAACACUGAAACGUCCACGCUUGUCCCCUAAACACACACACACCAACACACAUACACACAUACUCUUAUUGACUCUUUCAUAUUUUCUCUCUCUCUACCACACAAAUACUCAUUCACAUUUCCACAGGGGACCAGGAGCUAUCCAGUGAAUGUAUUCCAUGGGAUAUCCUAUUUCUUAACAUUUAUAUUCUGCCUAAAGGGAUUUUCUGAGGAGUGACCUUUUAUUCAGUGAUCCCAGGCAGUUUGGUAUGCAUACAUACAUUUUUUCUGCAUUGUUUUUCUCCAUGUGUCUUUUUGGUUGAUUAUUUAUUUCAUGUACAUGACAAGGCUCUGUAAAGUAAGAGGGCAUAGGAUGUAUAUUGUCUUAUUUGUCAGACCAAUAUACGUUACUAACGAUGAGGGGAAACAGUGUGAAUAGUUUUUUAAGUUUGGUAACUAAGCCUGGAGGAAGCUUAUUGUCGUAAGCAUGCCACAUGUUAUAUUCAUAUUAUAACAUAAUAAUCACAUUGCUAUACAGGGAAAGUUAUUUUCAAACCACUUUUUACUAGUAUUUGGGAUGCUUCUGUUGUCAGCAAGGCCUUUAAAAGGACCAACCACCACUUCCACUUGUCUUCUGUGUUUCUUAUAACAGUGCAAUCCUACAGUCCUCAUCCUCGAGACAAAGAGGCUCCUCUGUUGGCAAGGUUGUCUCAAGAGCAAUAACUACGAUCAAACAAGGGCCAGACCAGAUUCAUAUGCUAUCACAAUGUUGCUUUGACCUGCUGCCAGUACAAAGAGAGAGAGAGAGAGAGAGAGAGAUAAUUGAAUAUGGGCUUGGAAAGGCUAUAAAUGUGCAGUACCAGUCAAAAGUUUGGACCUACCUACUCAUUCCAGGGUUUUCCUUUAUUUUGACUAUUUUCUACAUUGUAGAAUAAUAGUGAAUAUAUCAAAUCUAUGAAAUAACACAUACGGAAUCAUGUAGUAAUCAAAAAAAGUGUUAAUAAAAUCUAAAUAUAUUUUAUAUUUGAGAUUCUUCAAAGUUGCCACCCUUUGCCUUGAUGACAGCUUUGCACACUCUUGGCAUUCUCUCAACCUGCUUCAUGAGGUAGUCACCUGGAAUGCAUUUCAAUUAACAGGUAUGCCUUGUUAAAUGUUAAAUUGUGCAAUUUAUUUCCUUCUUAAUGCAUUUUGAGCCAGUCAGUUGUGUUGUUUGUUACAAGGUAGGGGUGGACACAUCUCAACAUCAACUGUUCAGACUCUCUGAAGUCAUUAAAGAUCCCAUGGCACUUAUCGUAAGAGUAGGGGUGUUAACCCCGGUGUCCUGGCUAAAUUCCCAAUCUGGCCCUCAAACCAUCAUGGCCACCUAAUCAUCCCCAGCUUACAGUUGGCUCAUUCAUCCCCCUCUUCUCCCCUGUAACUAUUCCCCAGGUCGUUGCUGUAAAUGAGAACGUGUUCUCAGUCAACUUACCUGGUAAAAUAACAGUAAAAUAAAAAAAAGAGGACACUGCGUGAAUCAGGCCUUCAUGGUCAAAUUGCUACUAAAGGACACCAAUAACAAGAAGAGACUUGCUUGGGCCAAGAAACACAAGCAAUGGACAUUAGACCAGUGGAAAUCUGUCCUUUGGCCCAAUAAGUCCAAAGUUGAGAUUUUUGGUUCCAACCGCCGAGUCUUUGUGAGGUGCUGAGUAGGUGAACGGAUGAUCUCCACAUGUGUAAAAAAAAUACAGUAGAAAUACAUUACUGUACUUUUAGAUUUGUGUGUAUUGUUGUGGAUUAUUAGAUACUACUGCACUGUUGGAGCUCGGAACACAAGCAUUUCACUACACCCGCAACAACAUCUGCUAAAUAUGUGUAUGCGACCAAUAAAAUUGGAUUUGAUUUGAUUUAGUUCCCACCGUGAAGCAUGAAGGAGGUGUGAUGGUGUUGGGGUGCUUUGCUAGUGAAACUGUCAGUGAUUUAUUUAGAAUUCAAAGCACACUUAACCAGCAUGGCCACCACAGAAUUCUGCAGCAAUACGCCAUCCCAUCUGGUUUGCACUUAGUGGGACUAUCAUUUGUUUUUCAACAAGACCAAUACCCAACACACCUCCAGGAUGUGUAAGGGCAAUUUGAACAAGAAGGAGAGUGAUGGAUUGCUGCAUCAGAUGACCUGGCCCCCACAAUCACCCGACCUCAACCCACUUAAGAUGGUUUGGGAUGAGUUGGACCGCAGAGUGAAUGAAAAGCAGCCAACAAGUGCUCAGUAUAUAUGGGAACUCCUUCAAGACUGUUGGAAAAGCAUUCCAGGUUUAAGAUGGUUGAGGGAAUGCCAAGAGUGUGCAAACCUGUCAUCAAGGCAAAGGGUGGCUACUUUGAAGAAUCAAAAAUAUGAGAUAUAUUUAGAUUUGUUUAACACUUUUUUGGUUACUGCAUAAUGCCAUGUGUGUUAUUUCAUAGUGUUGAUGUCUUCACUAUUAUUCUACAAUGUAGAAAAUAGUAAAAAUAAAGAAAAACCUUUAAAGGAGUAGGUGUGUCCAAACGUUUGACUGGUACUGUAUAUGAUUAAAUAUGUAAUAUGUUUGUAUAGGUUCCACUAGCCUUCUCCCACUAGUCAAGAGAGUAGUUAAGCAAACAUAUUGUCCCAUAGCAAAUGUUUUAUGUUUACAUUCAAUCACAUUCCCAUUCACAAUUGACUUCAGAUCCCAUGUAAGAACAUUCCCAUUAAUGCAUCUCUGAUUGUGAGUAAAGGCUUUGUUGACGAGGUUUAGGAUAUUUUGUACAGAUCUAGUACUAUGUAUUAAUGUUUUUGUUACAUUCUAAUAAUGCAUAUAGUGCAGCCAAUAUUUUUGUUUGACAAAAAAAAAUCAAAAAAAUCCAGCAUUACAGUUUAGCCAUUUAGAUUUAUAUAUUUCUGUAAAAAAAAAACGUUAAAAAAAAAACAUAUCUUUAUGUAUGAGGAAAGUGGUUUACACUGUACCAGAGAAAGUGUAUGUAUCCUGCCCUGUGGAGCAGACAUUGAAAUGUAAUGUUGGGGAAUGGCAGUACUUUUUUAAACACAAUGUGGUGCCAUUGAUCCGACAAGUACAAUACAGAGAAGAAUGCCUUCUGAAAUGCAAAGCAUUAUUCUUUGUGCCAUUAAAACACAACUUGUUUGCCUUUCAAAUAAUGUUACUGGGAACAAAACAGUAUGUCAUUCUGGUGACCUUUUUUAAAAUCAAUAUAAUGAACACUAUUCGUCAUUUAACUUUGUUGUCCUUUCACAUUCAACUCUAGAAACAUGUGAUUGCUGAUUAGUCAUGUUUUCAAAUUUUCCAUGAAGAGAAAUGCGUAUCUUGCCAUCACCUAUCUUACACAUAUUUGGAGGAUGCCUUCUUUCAAUGACUGAUGCCCUUGACCUGCAUUCAAAGAGAUGCUCACUGUACUCUUUAUCAGUCUAUCUAUACUGUAUGAUUCAUCCCUCCACAAGUCUUACAUUGAGGUUAAACAAAUUGUGAACAUGUAUUUUAUAUUAUUUAAAGCUUUGUAAACCACACGUUGUGGUGUAGGAUGUGAUGUAUGCUGUGGUCAAUGAAAAUAUCAUGUUCAUUCCUUUUGUUUACCUCUUGACUGUAGUCACUAUCUGUCAUCAAAAUAAACUUUGAAAAUAUCUAUA